AUGGGCUUCGCUUUUGGCAUAACGAAGCACCUCAUAUUCCUGAUUCUUCAGGCCAUUGUUUUUCUCUUUGUUGUGAUUGCCACACCCCUCGCCGUCUACCGGUCGCCAUUGACGAAUGCCUGCUACACCAUGUGGGGCUACAAGCUGAACUGUGACAGCACCUCAGUGCAGGCCUCGUGGUCAUGCAAUCAGCAGCGCGACACGAUGAGGGCGGCAGCCGCCUUUUCCAUCAUCAGCAUAUUUUUCUCACUCAUAAGCACGGCUCUUGCUGCACUUUCACUCUUCUGCAACAUGCGGCUGUCAAAUAUGAUUCUUUUUGUGUUGAGCGUCCUCAUCGUCUUCACACUUAUGGUGUGCUGGGCCUGCAUCGCGCACGUGCACGACGCGAACGUGUGCAGUCCGAUAUCCGGGGGCUCCAUCGGCAGAUUCUACGGGUACGGUGCGGGCUUCGGCCUGUUGGUGACCUCCUGGGUCGUGCAGAUACUCGCGUCGAUUCUCGCCGGCUUAAUGACGUUUGUGUAG